UUUGACCCAGCACUUUUAUUUCUGGGAGUUUAUCUUAAAUGAUUCAAAUGAAGACAAGGAAUCUUUAUGUACAAAGCAAUUAGUUGCAUGACAGACAGUGACCAUGUUCUCAAAAAUUACACCCUCAUGCCACCACAUUGCCUGUUAAAUUAGAGGCCCAGAUUGAAGAACCCGAGUUUAAGAGCCAGAGAAGUUGUAGCUAAAGAAACAAAAUCCCAGAGGGGCAGGAAGGGCAGAUAUCAAGAAUCCAAGUAGAGAAAUUCAUAACUUCUUUUUCAGAGAGAGGACAAUGAAUUUGAGAAUUUGUAUUGGAGAAAGGAGGGAGAGAAGUUAGGUGGAGGAAUUCCUAGAUAAGGCUUCAAUCAGUGAAUUCAUCUGCAGAGCAGAAGUUUAUGCAGAACUCAAGCUGCCUGGGGGCAUUCCUUGAAAACAAGAAAUCUGCACUUUUUGGUAGGAAGCUGCCGGUGGAACAUCCUGUUCAGAAAUGAGGACAUCCAAGGAACACUGCAAUGUGCAGAGACUAGAAGGAAAAAACAGUCAAGUAGCCAUUUCUCCUGGGGAGUCUCUAGUAACUUGAUUUUGUGCUUCUUGUUGUUUUUUGAGACGGAGUGUCACUCUGUCGCCCAGGCUGCAGUGCAAUGGCACGAUCUCGGCUCAAUGCAACCUCCACCUCCCAAGUUCAAGCAAUUCUCCUGUCUCAGCCUCCCGAGUAGCUGGGACUACAGGUGCAAGCCACCACCCCUGGCUAAUUUUUGUAAUUUUAAAAAUUAUUAUUUAUUUUUAUUUUUUUGAGGCAGAGUCUCGCUCUGUCGCCCAGGCUGGAGUGCAGUGGCGCGAUCUUGGCUCACUGCAAGCUCUGCAUCCCGGGUUCAUGCCAUCCUCCUGCCUCAGCCUCCCGAGUAGCUGGGACUACAGGUGCAAGCCACCACCCCUGGCUAAUUUUUGUAAUUUUAAAAAUUAUUAUUUAUUUUUAUUUUUUUGAGGCAGAGUCUCGCUCUGUCGCCCAGGCUGGAGUGCAGUGGCGCGAUCUUGGCUCACUGCAAGCUCUGCAUCCCGGGUUCAUGCCAUCCUCCUGCCUCAGCCUCCCGAGUAGCCAGGACUACAGGUGCCCACCACCACGUCCGGCUAAUUUUUUGUAUUUUUCUUGUUUAGUAGAGAAGGGGUUUCACCGUGUUAGCUAGGAUGGUCUCGAUCUCCUGACCUCGUGAUCCGCCCGCCUCGGCCUCCCAAAGUGCUGAGAUUACAGGCGUGAGCCACCGCGCCCAGCCAAUUUUUGUAAUUUUAGUAGAGACGGGGUUUCACCAUAUUGGUCAGGCUGGUCUCGAACUCCUGACCUCAGGUGAUCCACACGCCUCAGCCUCCGAAAGUGCUAGGAUUACAGUCGUGAACCACCGCGCUUGGCCGCAACUUGAUUUUUAAAUUGCUCUCUGAGUGUAGAUUCCUUGUUUGUUUGGCAAGGGUUCUCGCCGCUGCCGCUACAGCUUGAAGCCAAACAUUUAAUGAAAGCGAGCGGGAGGGGCCGAAUAGAGGAAUGAUGGGCGUGGCCAACCCCGAGGGGGCUGAAGGCCGCGCCCCCUUCCCAGAGUGCACCGCAGCCGCUGCAUUCAGGAACCGCUUCAGCUUCGGCCCCCGCCGGGCGGGGAAGACGGUCUGGUGUGGUCUGGUCAUGGAUGCGCUCCAGGCCAGUGCAGGGCCGUUGAGGCGCGGGCGGCCGAGGCGCCGGCGCAAGCCACAGCCACACAGCGGGUCGGUCCUGGCCCUGCCCUUGAGGCCCAGGAAGAUACGAAAGCAGCUGAGAAGUGUUGUAUCCCGCAUGGCAGCGCUGAGGACGCAGACGCUGCCUAGCGAGGAUUCGGAGGACUCGAGGGUGGAGUCGACGGCAGACGACCUGGGGGACGCGCUACCCGGUGGGGCGGCGUUGGCGGCCGUCCCGGACGCAGCCCGGCGAGAGCCAUACGGCCACCUGGGGCCCGCAGAGCUGCUGGAGGCCUCGCCCGCCGCACGCUCCUUGCAGAGCCCGCCGGCGCGCGUGGUGGAGGUGCCCGCCGCGCCGGCCCGGGUGGUGGAGACCUCGGCCCUGCUGUGCACCGCGCAGCACUUGGCGGCCGCCCAGUCGUCCGGGGCCCCUGCGACGGCGCCGGGGCCGCAGGUGGAUAACACGGGUGGGGAGCCGGCCUGGGACUCCCCGCUGCGGCGCGUCUUGGCCGAGCUGAACCGCAUCCCCAGCAGCCGGCGGCGAGCGGCCCGCCUCUUUGAGUGGCUCAUUGCGCCCAUGCCGCCAGAUCACUUCUACCGGCGCCUAUGGGAGCGCGAGGCGGUGCUGGUGCGGCGGCAGGACCACACCUACUACCAGGGACUUUUCUCUACCGCCGACCUGGACUCGAUGCUGCGCAACGAGGAGGUGCAGUUCGGCCAGCACUUGGACGCCGCUCGCUACAUCAACGGGCGACGCGAGACCCUGAACCCACCCGGCCGCGCGCUGCCCGCCGCCGCGUGGUCCCUGUACCAGGCCGGCUGCUCCCUGCGCCUCCUCUGUCCGCAGGCUUUCUCUACCACUGUGUGGCAGUUUUUGGCUGUGCUUCAAGAGCAGUUUGGAAGCAUGGCAGGCUCCAACGUUUACCUCACGCCCCCUAACUCGCAGGGCUUUGCCCCCCACUACGACGACAUCGAGGCCUUCGUGCUGCAGCUGGAAGGUAGGAAACUCUGGCGUGUAUACCGACCCCGAGUCCCAACCGAGGAACUGGCUCUGACAUCCAGCCCCAACUUCAGUCAGGACGACCUCGGUGAGCCGGUGCUGCAGACCGUGCUGGAACCUGGAGAUUUGCUGUAUUUUCCUCGGGGCUUCAUUCACCAAGCUGAAUGCCAGGAUGGAGUCCACUCUCUGCACCUCACCUUGUCCACGUACCAGCGCAAUACCUGGGGUGACUUCUUAGAGGCCAUACUGCCUCUGGCAGUGCAGGCUGCAAUGGAAGAAAAUGUGGAGUUUCGGAGGGGUCUGCCCCGAGACUUCAUGGAUUACAUGGGGGCCCAGCAUUCAGAUUCUAAGGAUCCGCGAAGAACCGCUUUCAUGGAGAAGGUGCGGGUCUUGGUUGCCCGCCUGGGACACUUUGCUCCUGUUGAUGCUGUGGCCGACCAGCGAGCCAAAGACUUCAUGCACGAUUCUCUGCCCCCUGUUUUGACUGAUAGGGAGAGGGCACUAAGUGUUUACGGGCUUCCGAUUCGCUGGGAGGCUGGAGAACCUGUAAACGUCGGGGCCCAGUUGACAACAGAAACAGAAGUCCACAUGCUUCAGGAUGGGAUAGCUCGGCUGGUGGGUGAGGGGGGCCAUUUGUUUCUCUAUUACACAGUGGAAAACUCCCGUGUGUAUCAUCUGGAAGAACCCAAGUGCUUGGAAAUAUACCCCCAGCAAGCUGAUGCCAUGGAACUGUUGCUUCGUUCUUACCCAGAGUUUGUGAGAGUGGGGGACCUGCCCUGUGACAGUGUGGAGGACCAGCUUUCCUUGGCAACCAUGUUGUAUGAUAAGGGGCUGCUGCUCACCAAGAUGCCUCUAGCCCUAAAUUAGUUUCUUGUUGAUUGCUGGAAACAAGUUGGAAGAAACUUCCCCAAAUCUGACAAGUGAAUAUUCUCAUGGUUGGUGGAAAAGCGCCUGAUGUACCAGAAAGAGCACUGGACUUGGAACCAGAAGACCUGGGUUUGGGGUGGUAGCUGGUAGGCAGCUGGCUGAGUGACCUGAGGCUGCUGCUACACUCGGGCACACAGAUUUUAGUGAAGAAUGAUGAACUUGUGAAAGUUCAGGUAUGGGUGGGCUGAGUGUGGAGUGGGAGAGUAGAGCCAGCCCAAGGGAAAAGGGCAGAAUGCUGGGUCAGGAGUUUGAUGCACUUGCCCUGUUAGCAUUGAGAUAGGAGCUGCCUUAUUGGUAACUAUUGGCACUAAACUACUUGGUUAUACCUAAGUUAUAUCAGAUCUCAACUGAUUGUAUGUUCCUGUGAGGCUCUUCCUAGUUAGUUAGUAUUUUAUAAUUUUGUGAGAUUAUUUUUAGUACAUAGAAAGGGGAUUGCCUAGAUGCUAAUGGUGCUUCAGCCCAUGAACUGGGAGCCCUAGGACAUGAAUCGUGGGUAAUGAUGGGAAGUAGCCACAUUCCCGUUAUUAACCCCUGCCUUCCCUGUUAGCUUCCUGCUUACAUGCUUCAGGAAUUGCCUGGGCACUCCACUUUUCUGGCGUUUCAGGGAAGACCUUAGAUAGCUGCUUGUUGUACCGAUUUAGGUUUUCCAAGACAAUCUGGUCUCUCUUCGCACCAAUCUGGUGGAUGAUCUGGACUUCAUCUGUGAACAGACAAAGAAACAAUGAGUGCCCUAUAACCUCCCUCUUUCCUUUCUCCCUGGGUUCCCAAUCACCAGGAUCAGACCCAACUUCCUUUUGCCCUAAUCUAAGCCCCUAGGAUCCAUGACUGCCAUACUCUGGGGCAUCCCUUGAAGGUGGCCAUUGCUUAGAAAUAUCACAGCAAUAAAUCACUAUAGUGUCUGUGGGAAAAAAAAAAAGAAAUAUCAUAGCUAGUCACCUCAUUAGAGGCCUGGGAGCCAAGGAUGGUGCUUUCCCUCCUAAGGCAGAACCUAUGGCCGGGUGUGGUGGCUCACACCUGUAAUCUCAGCACUUUGGGAGGCCGAGGUGGGUGGAUCACAUGGUCAGGAGUUCGAGACCAGCCUGGGCAACAUUGUAAGACCCCCGUCUCUACAAAAAAAUACAAAAAUUAGCUGGGUACAGCUACUCAGGAGGCUGAGGCAGGAGAAUCAAUUGAGCCUGGGAGGUGGAGGUUGCAAUGAAGAUAGCACCACUGCACUCCAGCCUAGGCAAUGGGAGUGAAACCGUUUCAAAAAUAAGAAAAGAACCGGCUGGGCACCGUGGCUCACGCCUGUAAUCCCAACACUUUGGGAGGCCGAGGAGGGCAGAUCAUAAGGUCAAGAGAUUGUGACCAUCCUGGCCAACAUGGUGAAACCCUGUCUCUACUAGAAAUACAAAAAUUAGCUGGGCAUGGUGACGCAUGCCUAUAAUCCCAGCUACUUGGGAGGUGGAGGCGGAGGUUGCAGUGAGCCAAGAUUGUGUCACUGCACUCCAGCCUGGCGACAGAGCAAGACUCUGUCUCAAAAGAAAAGAAAACAAGAAAAUAACCUAUGUAACCACUUAGAGGCCUUAUCCCUUAUAAAAAGCUGGAUACUAAAAAAGAGGCACCUGAUUAAUCCCAUCAGUCAUGAAUACCUUAGAGUCAUUUUGUUAAACACUUUGAGAAGACUUUCAACUGCAGCAGUUUAGGAACAAGAUGGGGCUUGGGAAGAAGAAACAGCUUGGAACACGAAGACCUAGAUCGAGUAUCCUGGAAGCCCAGGCAUCUAAGGGACAGCAGUAGGGACGGGGAAGGUGGCGAACAUUUACUGAACACCUUAAACAGACAUUGGGCAAGAAGCAUUACAGAUGCUUUCUCAUCUACUCUACUCAAAGUGCAUUUUUGUUAACAUCACUUCACAUAUAAGGUACUUGUGGCUGAGAGGAAUUAUAUAAUUUACUGAAGGUUACUAAAAAAAUACUGAGCCAGGAUUUAAACCCAAAUGUGCCUGACUCCAAAGCCCUGAUUUUUUCCAACAUAGCACCUUGGUGGGAGAAUAUCUCCAAGUGGAAGAAUAUCUUGAAGUGAGAGAAGGGAGAAGCGUGGACAGAGAAGAGAUGGAUUGUUCCCAAAGUCUUGCCUACUUUACGGUUCCACCCUUCAUUGCCUCUUUAGUAAGAUGGAGGGAUAGAGAAAGCGGGGAGAGAGAGCAGUUCCCUCCCUGUUAGUUAUCACUCCCCUACCCGACUCCUGUGCUAGUGUGGGUGCUGGGUCAUGAACAUGAAAACCUGGGUCAUCCAGGGCUCUUCUCCAUACCCACAACUGUUUCCAGCCCCCAGCGACCUUCCACCUCCCUGGCCCAUGUCCCCCUGGGCCCCUACCACAGGGGCCCAGCUCUAUUACCAAAGUAAAUCUCCUGUUCAAAGGUGUUGUCUGUGGAGUAGGCAAACUUUCCAGCUCGGGGAGUCACCUGGCGAAAGUAGCUCUGGGUUUGGGGCUGGGAGAGGCUCAUCUUUUCAUGGAUGUCCUCAAUGGUCUUAUUGCCAGGCAUGAUUUCAAUUGUCUCUGCUUGUUGGAAGUAACUGGGCAAUCUUGGCAGGGGUGAGAAAGGAGGGAAAAGGGGGAGAGAGUAGGAGGUGAUCCCCCUUUCCAUUAAAUCCACAGCUUGUUCCCUUUCCUCUUUAAGCUCAGCUCCUAUACACGUGAGCAUUGCAGAACACCAAUGUUUAACUUUUAGCCUUGUCCCCAUGGUGCCAGUUGAAUGUGGAGCUGCCAGAAGGGCCUGUCUACAGCCGUCCUGCCCGGCUACUGAAGGAUCCAUGCCUUCUGCAGCCACCAAGCAGCAGGGCAGAGCGGCGGUGCUCCAGCAUAACCCUUUUUUUAACAUUUGUACCCUUAGAGGCGGCAUGGCCUUGGGGAAGGGAUCCCACCUCCUUCGUCAUCUCACUCUGUCUAUUCUGUGUGUGGUUAUUUAAUGUCCUGCCACCUGGUGGUGGACAGGCUGUAAGCUCCUUAAAGGUACAUAUCUGUGUCUGUUGCUUUUACAUUUUAUUCCCAGCACUUUGCAGAGUACCUGGAAAGUAUCAAGAACAUAAUUUAUAUUUGUCCAAUAAAUGAAUAAAUAAAUGGAUUUCCACUGA